AUGCUCUCAUUCGCCUCCCUUCCGGCCCUUCUCCAAUUCCUUAGCGCAUGUAGGGCGUCACCGCAGGCGCGGGCACGUGCGCUGGCAGUGGCCGGACUGACUGGGGGUGAUGCAGAGCUGCCGGCUGCCCUGCUCGAGCUGUACGAGGCUGCGUCCAACGAGACUGUCAAGGUUGUGCUGCUGGCGUUUCUUGGCGAAGUCGGUGUCUUGCUCUAUCCAGAGCCAGACGCGUUGCGGACAGAGGGCCCGCGGCUGCUGCUACAGGGACUCAUGGCCGGCCUCACAGAGCCCGGCUCGGAGCUCUCGGUCUUGCUGCGGAGCUCGCUGCUCUCUGCGCUGGCCACACUGCUGCUGAGCAUGAAUGCAGUUGCCCAUGCGCCAGACAUGGUCGACUCGCUCGUCUGCCUCCUCCUCGACAACAUCGCCACCGUCAACGCAGGCUCGGAUCUCCUGCGCGAGGCCAUGUGCGAAGCUCUGCUCCAGCUCGAAGCUGCCGCGCCAGGCCUACUGGCUCCCAAGCUGCCAGCGCUGGCUUCGCUGGCCCAGGCCGAGGCCGGACCGGCCUGUCAGGCCUACAUGCGCCUGGUGGCCCUCGUACUCGACAACGUCCUCACAGCUUUUGUCCACCUCCAUCCGGGCGACGACGUGAGCUCGACCCACUCGGACGCGUCGGUCCUCGACGGAGCGCUAGCACUUGCUCUUUCCCAGCCAGCUGGCCCUGUCAUCCCGGACAUGUCGUACUCGCUCCCGCUUCCGGUCGUUAAUGCUGCGCUGGCCGCCUCGGUCGCCUCGGGCUUGGUCCGCAUGCCGCACCCGCUCUCUGAGCGACACGCGCGCGACGUCCGCACCCUCAUCACCCUCUUAUUUGACUCGCUGCGUUUUCUCAGUCCACUCGCGGUCCACGACGUGCUCAUGGCUGUGGCCUCAGUCCUCGCCUCGUCCGGCCUCCCACAUUCGCUGCUCAAGCUACCCGCCGCCAAGCUCCUCGCCUCGUCGCACAUUGUCUCGCUUCACACGAUACUCUGCCUCGUUCGCACUGCCCCAUGGCAGGCCUUUCUCUCGCGAGCCGACGUUGAGGUCACGCUUGUUGCCCGGCUCACUGCGCUAGUCAACGGCCUUGCCUCCCCGCUCGCCCAUCGGCUCCUCGCCCUCCACUGGCUCUUGUCGCUGGCUUCGACUGUGGGCCUCCAUUUGGACGCGCUCUUACCUGCUCUCAUGCCAUCGGCGCUUGAUCCACUCGAACUUGUUCAUGCCAAGCUUGUGGCGCUCCCGCGACUCAUCCCGCUUGCGGGCCUCGAUCUCGGCGGCGGAGCGUUCCUCUGGCCGCACGCCGCGCUGGCAGCGCUUACAGCACUCGACGACUUUAUGUACUGCGAGCCCAGCUCGCGCCUCGCCGCCAUCUGGUUCGACGUACUCACUGCACUCUGGCGGGCGUAUCCUCCGCUCCGCCGUUCGCUGCGCAACGCCUCGUUUGCGCUUGUCGCCGCCGCGCCACGCUUCAUCCCGGCGCUCCUGGCCUGGAUCCAUGUCCUCGCAGCGCUGCCCGUCGACGCUUCGGAGUAUUCGGCGACUUGGCUCAUGGACGAGUAUGCGAGCAUGCUCGGUGAGGCGUGGCGGGUGCUGGCAGCCUCGCCGCUGGCAGCCGGCGGUCCUGCUGGCCACGUUGCCCCAGUGCUCCGGGGCCUCGCGCUCGGCGGCCUAGUCCCGUACUUGCCGCUUGUCGAAGUUAUGGCCUCUCAGACUCGCAUCGCACCGAGACCGCUCAUCUCGGCGCUGGCAGGCUACGUUCGGCUGGCUCUCGGGAAGAGCUCGGCACUGCCGCCCGCAGACUGGCGGACAGGAAUGGUCAUUCUCGACAUUGCCAACGUCUUCAUGCUCGUCCAUCCACUCGCGCUCUUGCUCAAGCCACUCGGAGCCCUCCUUACUCUCCUCCGCAUUCACUACCCGGAAAUUGUCGUCCGUGACCGUGCCGAGCUCCUCUUCCGUCUCCUCACCCAUGCCCCGGCCGACAAGCUGCACCUCCUGUGCGACGACGCUACUGUCCUGCACGAUCCGAUCGCCACCAUGCUGACUGCCAUCGACAAGGCAAACGAGGCCUCGCGCGCGGCAGCAGGGACCAGCCCGGGCCUCCGCCCGCGCUCGCGCUCGCGUUCAGACUCGCUCUCAGCCUCGCGAAUGCGCUCACGCUCGCGUUCAGACUCGCUCUCGGCCCAUCUCGAUGCCCACGAUCCAGUCGACGAGCUAUAUGCCGCCCCCCCUGGCUUCCUUGCCCUCCAGCGUGCUGCGCGGCUGCGUACGGCUCCCGCUGCAAACGCGGAGCUCGCUUCCCCGCCCCCCAGCCCAGACCAGCCUCUCCUCACCGUCGCCGCCUACCUCGACUCGCUCGGCGACGCCGCUCACUCCCUCGACCUACACUUUCGGGUCCAGUAUCAGGACGAGGACACGCUGGCCGUACUGGCGGCCACACCGCGGCCGACUGACGACUCGGGCGUAGUCCGACCAUCGCGGCCGAUCCCAUCGUCGUUGUUUGGACUUGUGUUGCGGUUCAAGACGCCGCCAGCGCUCGGCACCGCCGCCGAGGCGACGGUACCGUACCUGGUCCGUGCUGGCGACGCAGCCGCCACGUCUGCGCUUGUCACCGUCGCACUCACCCCGCGCCGCCCACUCCCGUGUCUUGUCGAGGUCGACAUGAUUUACACUGAUCAGUCGGGCUUUGCGGCUGCGGCCGACCUCGGCAUGGUCAAGGUCGAGGUGGAGGACCUGUUCCUCGCGCCGCCGUGCCUUCCUCUGGCGCUUCUCGCCCCGCUCUGGGACGAGCUGUGGCAGAGCCUUGCCGGCGUCCACGACUCGAUCCGAGUCUCACCGCAGCAUGGGCUACUCGCACGGUAUCUGGCAGGAGCUGUUGGCGCUGGGCUGGUCGUUGAUGCAUCCCGCUCGCUCGUGUUUGUUCCGCCGCGGCACCACGUUUGGCGGUGA